AAACAAUGUUAGUCUAUAAAAGGUAUAAAAGGUGUUAAAACGUUGUUCGAAUCAAACUGUAAGUGCUACUUACUGUGCUUAUAAAUUCAGUAAUAUGAGAAAUAUAAUUUUUGUAUUUUUGAUUGUAUACACCGUUCAGUUGUGUAUUUCUGCAACUGUCGAAGAUGCAGAAACCGAGCUUAAGAGGCUACGAAAACUGACCACUGACAAACUCCAAGCUACAUCUUUGGAGUACAAUAAAAUCACUGAAGAAGUUGAUUCAACAGCCAAGGCAGCUAGCGAAUACGGAUAUCAUGAAAUUCAUCACAAAUCUAACAACCUGAAAGCUAAGUUAAACCAUGAUCACAGUAUUUCACACAAGUGUCGUGGUUCAAGAAAACAUCUUUUGCACCAACUGGAAGAAUCAAACAUUGCCGAUCUUCAACGUUGCAUUGACCAUCAGCGUGCAGAAAUUAUCAAUGUUUUAGCCACACAAAAACUAGCUUUGAAUGAACAGGUCUGGAAUGCAAUUUAUGAGGAAGAAAAACAUAUUAUUCUGUGUGGUUUAAGUAGAGGUUGUCUUGAUGCUGCUAUCAAACACGUUAAAGAUAAAAUUGCUGAAGUAGUGAAGGUGAUCGAUGCAAACGUCAAUACUAGUCGACAACAAAAAGAAGCUCAAGUGCAUUUGAUUAAGUCAUGUGUCAGGAGAAUUGUUGGUAGUGCUGAAAAUGCAUUUGACAACGUACCUAGUUGUUCUUAUUAAGUGAGCAUUUGGUUUGUUCUGGUUAAAUAAAAUAAAAUAAAAAUUAAAUGCAGUGCUUU